AUGGCUCCUACCGUUGCGUUACAUAGCAAGGAUAUGACAUUGGGGGCUGUGAGCCGAGAAGUCAUCAACACUGCCAAGGACGCCAUUACUGAUGCAGCGUUGGCUAUCUAUGAUCAGCCUGGUGCGCGAGCUGCUCAAGACGCUCUUCGAUCUGCCCUCCUAGCCCUUCCAACCAUCAAACCUGAUGAGGACAUCCCCGUUGAUGAGACUGAUAAGACUCGCAUAGAGUCUCCUGAAUUCAGUACAUCACUGCAUGGCCAUCUGACGGGAGAGUUGAGGUCUAUGUUGAACGACGAGCUGAUCGAAGAACCUCUUUGGCUCACACCUGUAUGUUCGUGGCUGUCUCGCGCUUUCUUGGACGGUUUGGCUACAUCGUAUCGAGGAGCGGCAAAGCUGAAUCUGACUAACGUCCCGGCCAGGAGCGCCAUCAAGGGAGAGUUGUCAGUAGCUUUGACUGAAACCAGGAGUGCUAUUAAUCCCACAGCCGCCAUUGGUGCCUCUGUCGGUGUUGGUAACACUCAGGUCACUCAGUCAGCCCUCCACAACCAGUCGAACAUGGAUCUCUCUGGCUCUCCAACACCUGGUUCGGUGCUCGGUCAAGUGUCCACACCAACCCCAUCAAAGUGGAACCAAACCGUUAAGGACGUCCAUCUACUGGCGGGUCGCGAGCCUGCCAAGGAUUUCAAGUUCGCCGGUAACGCACCACAUGGUCGUUAUGUGGAGUGGCGUUCUACUAUGCUGGAUAUCGUGUCAUCUCACCCAUCACCCCAUGUGAGAGGUGCCGCUAUUCUCCACUUCGCAGUGGGCCACUGCGACACUAUCCUUCAAGCCCUCGACGACGAAUUCCUCACCGUCGCCGAAAAGUGUGCCCUACAGAAUCGUUGGGUAUCUACUCAGCAGUCACCUAAUCAGUCACCGUAUGACUAUAUCAAGGAGUUCGAGCAUGUACUCCAUCUGAGGGAGAUGACUUACCCCGGGGAAGGUAAGGUAUCUACGAUCGAUAAGAUUGCUCUCCUUCAACGCGGCUUCACUUGUCCCAAGUGCAAGCUGGCAUUAGCGAUGACCAACCCAAGCGGCAUACUCGACUACGAGAAGUUCAAAGCAACAUUCAAGUCAUUCUACUCUAACGCUGAGCAACAAGGCUUGUUCACAACCACUACUGCCAUUACCACUACCCAAGCGACUUAUCCACCGACUACCGCUACCACCACUAACUCCGGUGGCAAGCCUCGUCAGUCUGCCAAGUCACUCGUCCUGGACACUGACCUUUGCUAUGCUAAGGUUCAUACCGCCAUCUCUGGUACCCUCGGUAUCCCUCAGAAUGGUUGUCUGCGAUGCUCUGGUGUGGGACAUUUUGCCCGAGACUGCACUGCUCCAGUGGAGAGUAUACACCGUCGAACCGAGAGAUGUGGAGCCUGUGGUGAUAUCAAGGCCUCUAACAGCCAACAUCACUGUCGCAUUUCUCCCAAGCGAGUUAUAUGCUCUCGUUGUCGUCGCAAAGGGCAUGUAGCUGGUGUGUGUCGAGCCCCUGCUCCCAACACCAACACUGGUAGUAUUCAACAGUCAGCAGUAGCAGCUUCAUCGGCCUCAUCCCAAGAGCCAGAUCCUUUAUCCAAGUUCAUCAGCAAAUUCCCUACUGCCUCUGCUCGCAGCGCCAUUAUAACGGCCAAGGCAGCAGCGGCGUUCGAGGACCAGACCAACGUCAGAGGUGGUACUCAGCCACAUGUGCGUCUGAAGCUGGGAGGUGACUAUGAGCGUGUUUGCCACGCAGAGUCUCUGGUGGACUCUGGAGCCAAUGUCUCCCUCAUGAGCAGAGGACUCCUAGGCUACCUUCUGGAGUCUAAAGUGCUAGACCCCAGUGAUGUCACCACCCUCAACAACGACAUUGCCGUUGGUGUGGCUGACGGAAACUCACUCCGUGGUACUCAUGUGGCCAAGGUUGCUUUCGCUAGCGGCAAAUGCACCGGCCAUCUAAAGUUCCUGGUCUGUGAUGGCGCUGAUCCGGACAUCCUCAUUGGGACGAAUAUGUUCCCUACUCUUGGUUUGGCUCUAUCGUCACGGUCGGGCGCGGAUGUUUCCAGCAUCGAGUCUAUCAAUCAACCAUCUGCUACUCGUUUGGCCGCUCACCGCGUUGCGGUGGAUACCCUACCUAUCUGCCCCCUCGCCGAGGUGGUAGAGGAUGAUCGGUCACCCGGGAGCCAGCGUGUAAGAUGCCGUUGCGAACCACUAGAGUGUGCUCCUGUCUAUCCCUAUCGCGAGAAGCUGCGUCGCAAGUCUGAUGUCGACCAGCGCAUCGAGCAUCAUCGAUUGCUCACCAUGGAGCGAGAAGGCAAGGUCAAUCGGACUGGUUCUGGUGACGCCAACCCCCGAAGGUAUCCGGAUCCCGCAGUUGAUUCUCGCUAUAGAAUCACCCUGGAUUGUCGCGUGAUCAACCGGCUUGUCCUGACCCAUGACUCUAAUGGUCGUUUCCUUUUUGUCCCUGGUGCCUCAGUGGUGAGUGAGUCUGCCAGUAAAGCAGCCUACCGUCAGUCUGAGCCUAGUGCUCUGUCAAAGAUUGGCAGCAUCCCGUAUGCAUACUCCGUAUAUGCAAAGGUUGACGUCACUGAUGCGUACUCAUCUAUACUUCUCCCUCCGAGGCUCUCUGCUUUGUUCGGAUUGGUCACUCGAGACCCCUCCGGCAAUUCGACGUGGUGGAAGAUGCGAGUACUACCACAAGGGUGGAUAUGGAGCAGUGUGUUGUUCAACUCCUCCAUUCAAAUCCCUAUUGACCGAAUCAACGACCGUUUGGAGAAGGAGUGCAUAAAAGCUAUUGUCAGGCACAAUAAAGACGACGUUAUCGUGGCCGCACUUGACACCAACAGCUGCCACGCCGCGGUAUCUGUGGCUCGUGAAGAGUUGGAAACCCUCCACUUCCUGGUCAACGAGGCCAAGUCCAUUCCGCCAUCAUCAUCGGUCAACUUCUGUGGUCUGCGUUUGACGAAUGGGUGUUGCUCCAUGGAGCCCACUCGCUUCGAGUUCACUGACACGACGGCAUCUAUGGCGUGGUCCGAGUUCAAGAAGCCUACCCUCAAACCUGCUGACCGUGGCGACCCUCGACCUGCGAGAUUAGCCUGGCUCCGUAAGUGGUUUGGAGUGUUCAACUACUUCAGAGGAUUUCUAGGACCUGAGGCCAUGUCAGCCCUUUUUGUCAUACAGAAGGCACAGUCCAUUUUCCAGAAGGAAAAUGGGGAAGCUCCCGACGACCUCUAUGAUCGACUCAAGGAGAGCUUCUACACACUUGUCGCCUUCUAUCUCUCUGGACUCCCGGGACUCCUCGCCACAUCGUUGGGUGAUCGCCUGCUUGGCACGGUUCUGCUCACUGAUAGCAACACCGCCUCUUGGUCCGCUGUAGUCCUCAUCGCGGUAACCCUUGACGACCCCAACAGCAAGCUGGCCCAUUCUGCCUCUCUACCUGUUGACUUCCCAACCACUGAUGUGCUGUUCGAUACUCCUCAGCCCCAACCGUUCGCCCUUCUUCCUGCGAAGCUCACUGGUGGAUGCUGGGAUGCUACUCAGCAGCGUAUGAGUUCGACAUGGCGUGAAAGAGUUGCUGCUAUCGAAGCCGUGGUUGACUGCGUUCAUGAACUACAAGGUCCAACCACACUUCUCAUCGACAACAUCAACGGAUGCCGUUCGUGGAACAAUAUUGCCGACACCUUCUCCGGUGCCAUCUUAACCAAAUGGGAAGUCUACACUCGCUAUGUGACGAAGACCGUCUGGAUUCCGAGGACUGGUGAGUCCUCAACUACAGGCCCAUCCUCACCCGCCCGCCGCAAUCUUCUGGACAUCGUUCUCGACCCUCGAGCCAUCACCGAUAUCGGCGACCUAUGCCGCAAUACCGUAGAUGAUGCUGCCUCACUACAGGGAGAGAUGAAGGAGGAUGAAGGUGCCAAAGCCAAGAUGGUUGAGGUCGGCUCUACUACUACCAAGGCUACGGGCGAAGGAGGCUCAUCUGAUACCAAUGUCGAGUCUGUUGAGGAGGACGACGAUGAGGAAGCGAAAAUACGACGUAUUGCUGACAUGAUGAUCAAUGGUAACUGCAAGGAAAUGGUGAAGGCUCUUCAAGCUGCCGAGUCGUGGAUCACGUCUUCUUAUACUCAAAAUGGUCACGGUCUCUAUGUGACUGGCGACUCCAAGGUUGUUCUACCUGAGAGUAUCGUGGAGGAGGUUAUUCUUUUCCACCAUGCUACCAUCGGUCACGCUGGGUCUGAAGCCAUCAUACACAUGGUGGGACUUUCCUUCUAUCAUCCUCGUCUGAGACCGAUCACACUGAGUAUCCUUCGAAGAUGCAGCUGUGCUCAUUGUACCUCUAGACGAACCACUAAGAGCGCUGGUGGCAAGAUGACUCCAGCCAGGCACGUUUUGGACUGCGUCUACCUCGACCUCGUGGGGCCCUUAGAACCCAGCAAUCACCCAAUAUAUAAGAAGGCUUGCAGGUUCAUCUUGAGUGCCUUGGACAGCAGUAGCGGUUUCCUCUGGCUAUGGGCUCUACCAUCUUCAACAACUUCUACAGUCACCGCUGUUCUCGAGCGCGACCUUGUGGAUCGGUAUGGAUCCCCGCUAAGCUAUUAUACCGACAAUGGUCCGCAGUUUACCAGCCGUUGCUUCAGGCUGUGGGCCUGUCGUACUGGAAGUCUGGUCCGAUAUGCUCCCAGAUACAGCCCAUGGCGAAACUCUCGACUGGAACGACAACAGGCAGAGGUCAAGCGCUGCCUUAGAGCAUUAACCGGUAAUGCUCCCACUAAUUGGUCUGCAUUUCUCAGUAAGGCUGAGAAGCGAUGUAAUCGUCGGGUUGUUGAUCUCUCACACGGUUCGGCUACUCCCUUCUUCCUAUUCUUCGGAUGGGAUGAUGUGGGACCUCUUGCACGAGAACUCCAACCUCAAGGAGAGCAGCUCUCUGAUGACAUUAUCAAGGAGGCCAUCCGAGUCCAUGAGGCCCGUCGACGUGCUGUGGAUAGUCUCCUACACUUCCACGACUCUAACCCUCCUGAUGCGGUCGGUUCCCGUCGAGGCUGUCAGUUUCGCCCAGGAGAUCUAGUGAUGAAGUACUUCCCAGCUGGCACACCAUUGCAGCCUAAGUGGAUUGGUCCUUACUCUAUCCAAGCGGUUCUAGGUCGUGGUACUGUGAUUUUGGGUGAUGGCAGUACUGAAGAUACUCACAAUCUGCGUCGUUAUUACGGCAGCAGUCGAGUCGUCGAGGAUGAUGUAUUUAGGAUUGAUGAGUCGACCGUUCCUACCCUUACCACCAAUCAGUUGAUGGAGUCUGCUGGCAUCCAACUUCCAACGGGACAACUCCAAGGUCAACCUUUGUCUAUCGCCCAUGCAGUGGGUGAUCUAACUACUGUCGAAGUCAUCGGUUGCCAGUCCCUUGACGAAUCUGUCGUCAUGUUCAAUCCCUCUACGAGUAUCGCUACGGUGAUCAAGUUGGAAGGAAAUAUAUGAGACGAUAUUUGUGUAUUUAUAUAUGUGCAAUUUCUAGGAAGGGCGGGGUAUGAGAUUCGUAAGCUUCUCACUCUCAGUAUCUUUGUAUAUCGCCCGCCUUAAUGUGUAACCGUGAAACCGUUAGAUUCCCCAUUACCCCACGGUUGCCAUUCUUUGUGGUAUUAUAUCUGCUAUUGGAUAUACUCUGCUGGUCUCUGGCCAACCUCUAUCUGUACUCUUCUAAUAUGGCUCCUACCGUUGCGUUACAUAGCAAGGAUAUGACAAUAUACUUGCUAUGGUGAGCACACUUUCUCACAGUCCUGUAACGGUGCCAUAAGAAAGCUCGCCAG